AUGAUUGCCAUAGACGACAAGACCACGGCCACCUUCAUCCCCCUCUCCGGCGUUGCCGAAGACGGCUGGUCCACGGAAGACGAGGCCACGGCGACCUGCCUCUGCGGUACAGUCCAACUCGCUUUUCCCACCCAAGGACCCGGCCUCGUCGACCGCUUCCUCUGCCACUGCGCAGACUGCCGCAAGAUCUCGUCCUCCAUGUUCUGCUCCAACUUCACCGUCGCCGACAGCCACCUGCGGCACGUGCGCGGCAAGGAGGACAUCAAAGUCUUCAGCCAGUCGCGCACCAUCGCCACGGGCAACGACAUGGCCAACCACUUCUGCGGCAACUGCGGCACGCUGCUGUACCGCGUCAGCUCGGGGCUGCCGGGGAUGAGCAUCCUGCGCAUCGGCACCGUCGACGACUUCCGGCUCGCCGAGACCAAGUUGAAGCCGCAGGUGGAGCAGUUCGUCGGCACGCGCGCGGCUUGGCUGACGCCGCUGGAGGGGGUGAUGCAGAUGGAAAGGAUGCAUACCCAGGAGGAUAUUGACAGCCUUCACUAG